AGGCUCGGGUCCCUCCUCGGGCGGGGCGAGCGCGGGGCUGGGCGGGCCGGCGCCGCCUUAGCCUUGGCCUUGCAUGGGCAACGAGGCGCGGCUCCUGGGCCGCCGCGGGAGGAGCCCCGAGGGGAGACACCGCCUCCCAGCUGCGUCCGCGCCGGCUCCAAAGUUUCUCCGGGCGCGGCGGCAGCGGCGACGACGACUCCUGUCCCGGCGGGCUGUAUGGCGCGGGCGCCCCGUUGGCCCCUCGGUCGUCGCGCUUGGGCCGGAGCGCCGUGAUCCCAGCCAGCCAGGCGGAGGCCGCCGGGGAGGCCAGCCGCAGAGCGAUGGGGAGUAAGGGGCAUUAUCGGUAUCACUGGCAGAGCCACAAUGUCAAGCACAGUGGAGUGGAUGAUAUGGUGCUUCUCUCCAAGAUCUCAGAAGAUUCCAUUGUGGAGAACCUCAAGAAGCGAUACAUGGAUGAUUACAUAUUUACGUAUAUUGGCUCAGUUCUGAUCUCGGUGAACCCAUUCAAGCAGAUGCCAUAUUUUGGAGAGAAAGAAAUUGAAAUGUAUCAAGGAGCUGCGCAGUAUGAAAAUCCACCACAUAUUUAUGCUCUAGCGGAUAACAUGUACCGAAACAUGAUCAUUGACAGAGAGAACCAGUGUGUCAUCAUCAGUGGUGAAAGUGGUGCCGGGAAGACCGUAGCAGCCAAGUACAUUAUGAGUUACAUCUCCAAAAUAUCAGGAGGAGGGCCCAAAGUGCAGCAUGUGAAGGACAUAAUUCUGCAGUCUAAUCCCCUCUUGGAAGCCUUUGGGAAUGCCAAGACUGUUCGGAACAACAACUCCAGCAGAUUUGGGAAAUACUUUGAAAUCCAGUUUAGCCCAGGUGGGGAACCAGAUGGAGGCAAAAUAUCUAACUUCCUGCUGGAGAAAUCGCGGGUGGUUAUGAGGAAUCCCGGCGAAAGGAGCUUCCACAUUUUUUAUCAGAUGAUUGAAGGUGCCUCCAGUGAGCAAAAAUCCAGCCUUGGCAUCACCAGUAUGGACUACUAUCACUACUUGAGCCUCUCAGGAUCCUACAAAGUGGAGGAUAUUAAUGACAAAUCUGAUUUCCAGGAAACUUUGCACGCCAUGAACGUGAUUGGGAUCUUUGCUGAGGAGCAGGCACAGGUGCUGGAGAUCGUGGCCGGGAUACUACACUUGGGCAACAUCAGCUUCAAAGAAGUCGGCAACUAUGCUGCGGUAGAGAGCGAGGAGUUCUUGGCGUUCCCGGCUUUCCUCCUGGGAAUUAACCAGGACCGACUCAGAGAGAAACUGACCAGCAGGCAGAUGGAUAGCAAGUGGGGAGGCAAAUCAGAAUCCAUCAACGUUACCCUGAACGUGGAGCAAGCCUGCUAUACCAGGGAUGCCUUAGCCAAAGCGCUUCAUGCCAGAGUGUUUGAUUACUUGGUGGAUUCCAUUAAUAAGGCCAUGGAGAAGGAUCACGAAGAAUAUAAUAUUGGUGUCCUGGACAUCUACGGCUUUGAAAUAUUUCAGAAAAAUGGCUUUGAACAGUUUUGCAUCAAUUUUGUCAAUGAAAAGCUUCAACAGAUCUUUAUUGAAUUGACGCUGAAGGCAGAACAGGAAGAAUACGUGCAAGAAGGAAUUCGAUGGACACCCAUAGAUUACUUCAACAACAAAAUUGUGUGUGACCUCAUAGAGAAUAAAGUGAAUCCUCCAGGCAUCAUGAGCAUUCUGGACGAUGUCUGUGCCACGAUGCACGCCGUAGGUGAGGGGGCUGACCAGACCCUCCUGCAAAAGCUCCAGAUGCAGAUUGGGACUCACGAACACUUCAACAGCUGGAACCAAGGCUUCAUCAUACACCAUUAUGCUGGAAAGGUGUCUUACGACAUGGAUGGAUUCUGUGAGAGGAAUCGGGAUGUUCUUUUCAUGGACUUGAUUGAACUCAUGCAAAGCAGCGAACAGCCUUUUAUAAAGGCUCUGUUUCCUGAGAAUCUCCAAGCUGAUAAGAAAGGGCGACCCUCAACAGCUGGCAGCAAAAUCAAGAAACAAGCCAAUGAUCUUGUUGGCACUCUGAUGAAGUGCACGCCCCACUACAUCCGUUGCAUCAAGCCAAAUGAAACAAAAAAGCCUCGAGACUGGGAAGAGAGCAGGGUAAAGCACCAAGUGGAGUAUCUCGGGCUCAAAGAAAACAUUCGAGUGCGACGAGCAGGUUAUGCCUAUAGGCGAGUGUUCAAAAAAUUCCUGCAGAGGUACGCCAUCCUGACCAAAGCAACCUGGCCUUCGUGGAAAGGGGAUGAAAAACAAGGGGUCCUCCAUCUCCUCCACUCUGUCAACGUGGAUCCUGACCAGUACCAGCUUGGGAGAACAAAAGUCUUCAUCAAGGCGCCAGAGUCUUUAUUUUUGCUGGAAGAGAUGCGAGAACGGAAAUACGAUGGCUAUGCAAGAGCAAUCCAAAAGGCGUGGCGGAAGUACGUGGCCAGGAAGAAAUAUGUUCAGAUGAGAGAAGAAGCCUCGGAUCUGCUGCUGAACAAGAAGGAGAGAAGAAAAAACAGCAUCAACAGGAACUUUGUGGGAGACUACAUAGGCAUGGAGGACCACCCAGAACUGCGGCAGUUUGUGGGCAAGCGGGAAAAGAUUGAUUUUGCUGACACCGUUACCAAAUACGACAGGAGGUUUAAGGUCUGUUCUCAUUUUCAGGGCAUCAAGCGAGACCUCAUUCUCUCCCCAAAGUGUGUGUACCUGAUUGGGCGUGAAAAGGUGAAGCAAGGCCCAGAGAAGGGUCUGGUGAAAGAGGUGCUAAAGCGGCGGAUUGAGGUUGAAAGGAUCCUGUCCGUUUCUCUAAGUACGAUGCAAGAUGACCUCUUUGUCUUACACGAGCAAGAAUAUGACAGUCUCCUCGAAUCAGUCUUCAAGACGGAGUUUCUAAGCCUUUUGUCAAAGCGCUAUGAAGAGAAAACACAAAGGAGGCUGCCUCUGAAGUUUAGCAAUACGCUCGAAGUGAAGCUGAAGAAGGAGAACUGGGGGCCCUGGAAGGCUGGGGGCUCCCGCCAGGUGCAGUUCAGCCAAGGCCAAGGAGACCUGGCCAUUCUCAAGCCAAGUAAUAAAGUGCUGCAGGUCAGCAUCGGGCCCGGACUCCCAAAAAACUCUCGCCCCACCAGAAAGAACGCCCCCCAAAGCAGAAGCUGCUCCAGCAAGGCCCAGGGCCAGAACUAUCCAUUAAGGGCUGCGCCGCCUCCCCCGGGUGUUCAUCAGAACGGGGUGAUAAAAGUCCCACAACACGCCCUGCACCCUCAAGGCCAUGCAAGCCAACGAGCCAGUCAGAGAAGUCUGUACACAAGUAUGGCGCGGCCCCCAUUGCCACAGGUCUCGGGUGGAUCGGACAGACUCUCCCAGCAGCCAGACAGCCUGGAUUUCCUCAAGGUCCCAGACCAAGGGGCUGCUGGUGCCCGCAGGCAGACCUCAAACCGACCCCCACCUGCAGGGGGAAGACCCAAGCCACAUCCCAAGCCAAAGCCUCAGGUACCCCAGUGCAGGGCGCUGUACGCCUAUGAUGCUCAGGACACAGAUGAGCUCAGCUUUAAUGCCAACGAUGUUAUUGAUAUUGUAAAAGAAGAUCCUGCAGGCUGGUGGACAGGCAGGUUAAGAGGGAAGCAAGGCCUCUUCCCAAACAAUUAUGUGACCAAAGUAUAAUCUUGCCGCCCCCUCAAGAGGCCCUUGCGACCAUAAAGUUGCUACCAGUGAUGCUUUUCCAGCCAGUGUGGUCUACUUGUAAAGCUUACAGUUCUGGGCAGCAUUGAUAAUCCACAGCAGUCGCUCCACCAACGAAACUGGAAGGAAGAAGACGAUGGGGUGGAAGAGUGUCUGUGUUUACUCUCUAGAAGCCAAAGUCCAUGCCUCAGCUGCCCACAAAAUCAAGCCAAGGAAUUAUUUAUUUUAUUUAACGCUUUUUUCUCGUGAAGGAAGAACAGCGUGUUUAAAUUACAUUCCUUUUUUAAGAAGAGUCUGGAAAUAGGACUUUGGAAGAGUUACACAGAUUUUUUUACAAGUGCCUUUAGUUGCUCUGGUGACUCUUCUAAAUUAUGUAACAAAAUAAUGGCAUUAGAUGCACAUGGCCUCCGUUGGUGACUUUGCAGAGAAGCACAAUAAUAAGUUAUGCUGCUACCUGGCUUAGAAAUGUAGGCUUUUAUUUCUUCUGGGAAUCGCGUCGUUCCUGGCCCCCAGCACGUAUUGUACAGGCCUCACAGCAAGCUGGCCCACGUCGACCUGUGAACUAUGAAGCUUCUGCCAAGGCACAGUGCCCAAAGGAAGACUGUCCUGCCUGCUGUAAAUGGUUUGCGUUGACUUCUUAAUGUGGCUGGCCCAUGUUUGUUUUUAUUACUGGUAUAUCUGUUUUGGGCGAGAGAGAGGCAUUCCCACGGACGCUUGCAUUCUAAAGUAAUCAAUCUUAUAACAAUGCACAUUUUCAAAUCAAAUAACAAGCAAACCUGUAUGAAUGUACUCAGCAGUAACCCACUUUACUUCUUGAUAAAGGUAGCUCAGUCAGUGUUUGGGGGCCAGGUACUUCUACAUAUGCACUAUUCCUUAAGAGAUAAAGUCAGUGUUCAGAAAGCUUGACUAAGCUCAGCUGCCUUCCACAUCAGACCCGAGAGCUGUUGCUUACCCCAAUGCAUGUUGAUUUAUCUAGUCUUUUCUCAACCACCAUCAAUAAAAACCAUAGGAACUAUCAA